AGUAUCAUUCGUUCCCACAAUAAGCGAGCAUCGCUUUCUCUGUCCCCUGACCCAAAAAUAAAAACCCUAAUUCGCCUUCUGUCACAACCUCGACCUUUCGGAAUUGGACAAAUGUCGACGGCGGAAGACGGCGGAGCCACGGCCAAUGGCGCCUACUCUUCGUAUAGUGGUGGAGGAGCGGGAGGGAAGUUCCGGAAGAAGCCCUUCCGCAAACAAGCGACGACGCCGUACGAUCGCCCUACUACCGUUCUUCGCGGAAGCAGCAUCAACAACAACAAUAGCAGCAGCAGCAGCAGCAGCAGCAGCUGGUUGAAGAAGUUAGUGGUAGAACCCGCCUCCAAGCUCAUAUCCUAUGGGGCGGACCGAUUUUUCGGCUCUGUCUUUCGCGCACGCCUCCCUCCGCUACCGCCGCCUCAGCCACGAGAGGUAGACAAUGUGAGCGAUGCGGCUCAUGGGGCAGAUCUUAACAGGGUUCAAGGGGCCGAUCUUAACAGGGUUCAAGGGGUAGAUCUUAACAGGAUUCAAGGGGCAGAUCUUAACGGUCAAGAUGGUGCACAAGAACCCGCAGGUGGUGAUUGCAGCCAACCGUUAAAUAAUUCUAGCAGCAAUACUGUUUUUGAGCUUGAGCAUCUGCUGAAGCAGAAGACGUUCACCAGGUCUGAAAUUCUCCAUCUGACUGAGUUACUGCAAUCAAGAGCUGUUGAAAGGCCUGAUGGGGAUUCCAGCCUAAAAAAUGAAGAGGCUGCUUCAGAUUUUGGAAGGCAUCAACAAUUUACAAGUGUUCUUUUGGAAGAAAACAGCAACGGGGGGAUUAGAUCCUCUGCUGUCAUGUCAACUCCUAUUCCCAAAUCGAAAGCCAUUGAGUAUGGUGUUGAUUCACCAGCUGAACUUGCAAAAUCAUAUAUGGGAAGCAUGCCUUCAAAAGUCUCACCAUCAGUGCUAGGGAUGCGCGGUCAAGUUGCUAGAAAAGAUAUGCGUGGUGAUAUACCAUUUUUCUCGAAGUCACCUACCACAUCACUCUCUAAGAAAACUUCUACUCCCCUGGCUGCUCCAGAAAAUGGAUUUUUAACCCCACGAGCUCGAGGGAGAUCGGCUAUUUACAGCAUGGCUCGCACCCCAUAUUCCAGAGUUAAUCCAGCUUCAAAUCACAAGGGAAGUGGAAUCAACAGUAAUGGUUAUGCUAGACUGUCAAUGUCCUCAUCAUCGGUUGAUCUAGUGGAGAAUGAUGAAAAGUUCGAGUCCCAGCAAAUGACCUUAAAGCGCAGGAGUUCAGUCUUAGAUGAAGAAGUCGGCUCUGUUGGUCCCAUGCGGAGAAUCAGACAGAAGCCUAAUCUCUUAGCUCCUAGAAUUCAUCAUACUGCUCAUGGAGUGGGAAUUGGUUCUCAUGCAAAGCAGAAGCUUGUUGAAGAAAAUGAGAAUGAAAAUGUCUCGAGAACCAGUUAUGCUCAUGUUCCUUCCCAGUCCAGUGCGGUAGCUUCCAGAAUAUUGGAACACCUUGAAAAGUUGACCCCGAAGGAAAAAGCCUCAGAGUCCAAAAUAGUUGCUGUGCGGGAAAAAUCACCUUUGAAAUUGGCAUCUACUAUGCUUUCUGGACAGACUCUUAGGAAUAUGGAGAAUGUGGGUUCGUCUAAGUUGCAGCUGGAUGUUCAGGAUGAUCAUAAGCUGGGGGACAAGACUAAUGCCAAUUUAGUUGAUUCUCGCGAUUCUUCUUCCCGAAAGCAAGGAAAUGUAGAAGAAAAUGGGCAUAGAGAGUUUGUUGUUCCUUCUGACAUGUGGAACCCUGCAAUGAACAACGAUUCUUCCCCGUCCCUGAAAGCUUCGAGGCCCAUUAUGUCUACUGAUUCUGUUUUAACAAAUGGUACAUCUCAACCUCCUCAAAAGAAGAAAUCUUUUAGGAUGACUGCACAAGAGGAUGAUGAUGUGCACAGUAACUGGCUUGCAUCUAGACCUUCCUAUGAAGAGAAAAAAUCAAUGGAAUCCCCUCCCAAGGACAGCAAGUCUGCACCUUCUGAAGAACCCAAAGUGGUGAAAAUCACAACCCAGUCAGAAGAUAAGUCACCUUCGAGCCUUACCUCAAGUAAAACUGAACUUAGUCGUGGUGCGGUCACAUUUGGAGAAGGAAGUAGUUUCAGUGCAUUCUCAGCAUUAGAAGAAACUAGGGCUGCUUCCAAGUCAGCAGGUUUUUCUUUACCAGCUGCUCCAUCUGACAGACCUAAGGAAACAAAUGAUUCCCCUCCCUUAUUCAGCUUUAGCUCCAAAGUUGUUGAUAAGUUACCUUCAAUGCCGUUUGAAUCUGUUAAAACUCCAGAAGCUAAACUGGACAACUCCAGCAGCUUGGUUAAUGUUAACGCAUCGACUGUCUCUCAAACGGAAGUUCUUGCGUCGGACAAAGGUUUUCAUGUGAACCCUUCGAAGGCAGGGGAUAUAAAUGGAAAAUCUGAUUUUGCUCCUUCCGCAGCAUCAAAUGGUCCGCUUGUUUCGAAUCCUCCUCCAGUGUCAACUACUGCAGCUUCUCACAAUGAUGUGUCAAAUUUUGUCCCAGCUGUAGCCAGCACCACUUCAGCCAUCUCCAGUGGCAGCAUUUUUGGAUUUUCUGCAAAGCCUACUGAUCUAAGUGGUCCUGUUUUCAAAUUUGGUGCGUCUGUGGAUUUGCCAAAUGCAGCUUCACUAGCAUCAACAGCUAAUGUUACCGACGUAGUAGAUCCCAAUACCAAACCUAAAAUAGACGCUGGUUAUGGCAGCUCAAGCAGCCCACAUACCAAUCUCGCACCAUUUGGAGCAGCUAGCUCUGGAAGUAGCACGUUUGUAUUUGGUUCUUCGUCAAUCUUUGCAAAUACCAGUAAAUCUCCGGUGUCUGGUGCUGAAACUGCCUCGCAAGGUGCCUCUGUUCAGUUGGGUUCUUCUGCACCUGCACCGUUACCAUCAUUCAGUAUGAGUAGCAGCACUCCUUUUGGUUCCUCGCUGUCCAAUUCUCAGGUUUCCAAUCCGAACGGUAUUUUCGGUUUCAGUUCUGCUCCCACAUCGGAUACCAGCAAACUCGUCCCUGCUAGUGGGCCUUCACCGAGUUUAUUUAAAUUUGGUGCGAGUUCUACUCCUGCUUCAGAAGGAACUGCACCUAGCCUCAGCAGUGGUGCUACUCCUGGUAUGUUUGGUUUUGGUUUCGGUUCAUCUUCAGCCAAUGCAGUCGAUUCAAGCAGUGGUGCAGCUACUCCCCAGACAGUAACCAAUACUACUAGCUCAUACAGUAACGGCACUUCCGGUAUAUUUAAUUUUGGCGCGAGUUCUUCAGCUCCCUCCACAAUUAGCUCCAAUAGUACUCCGAAUUUCUUCGGCUCCAGUUGGCAAAAUCCAAAUCCAGCUACUUUCGGCUCGACAUUUGCUUCUUCAUCCCCAGCCACUGGGUUUUCGUUUAAUGCAUCAUCCACGCCCUCCGCUUCUACAAAUCCCGUUUUUUCAUUCACAACGGCCUCCGCUUCAGUCUUAUCUUCACCAUCUCAGAAUUUAUUCGGUAAUGCUCCAAGCACUGCUUUUGCAGCAGUCUCUCCAGGGAGCAAUGACCGUAUGAGUGCCGAAGACAGUAUGGCUGAGGAUCCUGUGCAGCAAUCUGCACCCUCCGUUUCUGUAUUUGGUCAACCGUCUCUCUCACCUUCCCCUCCGGGCUUCACAUUCGGGUCAACCGUUGCAUCCCAAGGCAACCCUUUCCCGUUCGGUGGUCAACAAAAUCUGCAGAACCCGUCUCCUUUUCAGACAUCGGGCAGUGCAGAAUUCAAUGCAGGUGGCGGCUUCUCAUUGGGCAGUGGAGGCGUCGAUAAGUCGGGUCGGAAGAUAUUGAGAAUCGGCAGGAGCAAGAACAGGAAGAAGUGAAGAUAAUUGGAAUUGUUAUUGGCUUGAAGAUAAGAGGCCAAGCCAGCAAGCUUCUAUGUGCUUUGUAUUGCUAUUGAAAUUUUUUGUUCUAUUUAGCAAAAUUUUGAAAGGCGAAAUAGUAGAGUCUCGAUUUUGAACAGUCUGUGUUGAUAUGAAAAAGAACCCCGAUUGGUGUUGUACGACUAGUUGUAAACCUGUGAUUCGGCUUGUUUGUGUAGUGUGUGUAACAUACGAGAGAAGUUAAUAAUUUCUUGAAAUGCGUCUGUCGAAUUUCAUGCGAA